AUGGCCAUUACAAUAAAUUUUAUGGACACUGAAUUUGAACUAAAAUCUAUACUUCUAGAAUGUUCUUCGUUCAACUUAAACCAUACUGGACACAACCUUGCACAAGAAAUUAAACGAAUAUUGGAAUCAUGGGAAUUAACUAAAAAAAUUACAUUUGCAGUUUCUGAUAACGCAUACAACAUAAAAAAUGCCCUUAAUAACUUAAGUUUAAAGAAUAUGGGCUGUUUUGCACAUACAAUGAAUCUUAUAGUCCAGUCUGCGCUCACUUUAGAAGAAGACCUGAUAAACAAAACAAAAAAUAUUGUUUCUCAUUUUUGA